GGAGGCCGGUGCGGCGGCCAUGAGGGCCCCGGACGACGAAGCGGCCUCUCCGGCCCCGGACGACGGCGCGGAGGAAGUGGCGGUCACGCAGGCCCCUGACGAGGACGGCGCGGACGGCGCGGCGGUCACGCGGGCUCCCGAGGGUGGCGCGGAGGACGCGGGGGCAGCCCCACAGGCCUCCGACGGAGGCACGGACGGCCACGACCCCCAGCUUAGCCCCCGAGGUCCCGGUUGCCAGGGCAACUGCAGCCGCCACGAUGGCGAGGGUGGCCCUGGCAGCAAGGGAGCAGUGGUCGAGGGGGCCUGCGCCCCUCCCCUGGCCGAACGGGCCCCGAGGGCCCUGGCCCCUGGUGGAGACGCAACGCCGGCGGCAGUGACCUCCUCAAGACUGCUGGAGUUCAGGCUCACUGUGUCUUUCCGGUCGCCCCUGGAGGCAGAGAUGGCCCGCAGGUCCCUGACUACACACGUCCAACGCCACCGAGGGUUGGCUCAGAAGGAGCUCUGCGUGAGGGGCAGCGCCCUGGCCGUGUGCGUCCUCCAAGAGAGAUGGACUACUGAAAACCCCAUCUUCUUCCGAGUUUCCGUCAACUCCUUCCUGGACCGGCUUCCCCUGGUGAUAGGAAACAUUCGCGCCUUGGGGUCCCGGCCUCCGCGACGCCUAGGCCCGGGAAAGGGGGCCGAGGCCUAACCUGGCAGCCCUCACUGGGCAAGGCACAGGGCGUUGACACUUGGCGUCCUCGCCACUUUAUUAUCGGGGGUCUAACGUCCUGCAGGUCUGGGCCUCGGUGGCUCUUGGCCCACUUCAGUUCCUUCCCUGCGCCUGGAGGGACGGGCGCUUACGUGUUUGUUACUGCACAACAUGAAACUGAGCGACUC